AUGAAUAUAAACAUUUUUUCUAGGUUUAAUAAAGAUGGCUCAAAAAACACAGGGCAUCCAACGUUUGUUAGCAGCUGAGAAAAAAGCUGCAGAUCUUGUUUCAGAGGCAAGAAAGAGAAAGACUAAAAGACUGAAGCAAGCAAAAGAAGAGGCUAUUGCAGAAAUUGAGCAGUUCAGAAAUGAAUGCGAGCAAAAAUUUAGGGAAAAACAACAAAGUGAAAUGGGCCAAGAUGAUUUCCAACAAAGAAUCAAUGAAGAAACUAAUGGCAAACUUCUAACCAUGGGAGAACAAGUGGAGAUAAAUAAAGGAAAAGUUAUUUCCAGAAUGUUGGAAUUGGUCAACGAUAUCAAGCCAGAAAUCCAUGAAAAUUUUAGAGCAUCUUAAGUUGUUUUAGAAUUUGUUGUAACCACGUGAUAUACUCCUAAAAUUAAAUUUCUAUAUAAUCUUUUUUUUUAAA